UUCCCAGCACUGCGACGAGAGAACUAGUCCCCCGCCGGCCCCUAGGAGAGGCAGCUGGUAGGUAGCCAUUGCCCUUGCAUCACUACACGGCGGCCAGUGAGCAUCGUGAAUAUGGAGGAGCAAUAUCACGAUGAGCUGCGACAGCAUGAGGCGGCAGCAGAGUCGUCGGUGCCGUUGCUGGAGAAGAGGGCCGGCGGCGUGUUGUACGUGGAGGGGUGCCCCGGGUGCGCGAUUGACCGGAGGAAGGCCGAGAACCCGGACAUCCCCUACAGCAGCUUCCUGUACGUAUGGGUCAUCACCCUAAGCACCGCUUUACCAAUAUCUUCACUGUUCCCCUACUUGUACUUCAUGAUAAGAGACUUGCAUGUUGCAAAAAGAACAGAAGACAUUGGGUUCUAUGCUGGGUUUGUAGGCGCUUCUUUUAUGUUCGGAAGAUUUUUGACUGCAACUAUUUGGGGAAUAGCAGCAGACCGUAUUGGCAGAAAACCAGUUAUUCUGUUCAGCGUUUUCUCCGUGGUAGUAUUUAAUACUUUGUUUGGGCUUAGUGUCACCUAUUGGAUGGCGAUAGCUACAAGGUUUCUCAUGGGUGCUUUGAAUGGCUUACUCGGACCCAUAAAGGCUUAUUCUAUUGAAGUUUGCCGACCCGAACAUGAAGCUCUAGCACUAUCACUUGUUAGCACAUCAUGGGCAAUAGGUCUCAUCAUUGGUCCUGCUCUUGGAGGCUACCUUGCACUGCCUGCAGAAAAAUAUCCAAAUAUCUUUUCGCCUGACUCACUCUUUGGAAGGUUCCCGUACUUCUUACCAUGCUUAUGCACAUCAGUCUUUGCUGCCGUUGUUCUGACAGGCUGUCUAUGGAUGCCGGAAACAUUACACAAGCAUAAGGCCAGUGAAAAUGGCAAACAAAGUGUUGAUGCUUUGGAGGCCCAUCUGAUUGAUCCGCAAGAAAAGGUCGAAGAAAGUGACAGUGUAGAUACCAAGAAGAGCUUAUUCAAGAAUUGGCCAUUGAUGUCUUCCAUAAUUGUUUAUUGUAUCUUCUCCUAUCAUGACAUGGCUUAUACAGAGGUGUUCUCUCUAUGGGCUGAAAGUGACAAGAAGUAUGGUGGACUAGGUUUAUCGUCCCAAGAUGUGGGCCAAACGCUCGGAAUAACAGGUGGCAGUUUGCUUGUGUAUCAAAUGUUCAUAUACCCACGCAUCAAUAAAGUUCUUGGACCGAUCAAAUGUUGUCAAAUCGCAGCCGCUCUGUGCAUACCUAUUCUAUUCACCUAUCCCUAUAUGACAUACCUCUCAGGAGCUGCAUUAUCAAUCAUUCUGACUAUUGCAUCAGUCUUAAAAAAUAAUAUUUCUGCUACCAUCAUUACAAGCAUCUUCAUCCUUCAAAACAACGCUGUGUCUCAGGACCAAAGAGGAGCAGCCAAUGGAUUAGCCAUGACUGCAAUGUCCCUUUUCAAGGCAGUUGCUCCUGCAGGCGCCGGCAUUGUGUUCUCAUGGGCGCAGAAACGCCAACAUACUUUCAUCCUUCCAGGUGAUCAUAUGGUGUUCUUUCUGCUGAACAUGAUAGAGCUCCUUGGACUUGUCCUCACGUUCAAACCCUUCCUCGCCGUGCCAGAGCAGUAUGAUAGAAACUAGCUUUUCAGUUAUUAUUCUAGAAGUUUUGGAUUAUAACUCAGAUGUUGAUUACUCAUGGGUCCCGCACCCGCAACGCUUAAGGCGCCCUUGAACCAGGAUAGAGGUGAUUAAGUACUACCUGUAUUUUGUAUGUAACAUUGUUAAGCAAUGGGUAAAGCGUCUCAACCCCUAGACAAGGAGCCCGCAUGGUUUA